UACUCUCCUCUCCUCUCCUCAUCUUCACAGACAUGUCAGGGAAGGUUCUUGUGAUGUUUGCACUGCUGGCUGCACUGGUUGUGUCUGGUGCGGACUCUGCGCCUGCAGAGUCUCAGGAGAGCAGCACACUACACCAGCUUCUGGCCGACAAGGAGAAGACGAGGGACUGGUCUCGCAGACAGGAUCUGGCACCUCAGACUCAGUCUGCACGGAUGCUGAGACGGGCACACCUAUCUGAGGAUGAACGAGAGAUUAUGACCAAGCAAAUAAUGCAAGCCAUUUCAGAGAUGAUAAAUACAGAGUGCUUGCCAGAUCGUGAUUACCAGGGCUGGGUGGACUUCGGACGCCGAGACACGGAAUGAGUCACAACA